AUGCAGAGCUAUGCGGAGAGCGGGCGUGUGGUGUUGAAGGUGCCGCACGAGGGACGCGUGACUUCCCUCCACAUCGCUCGCGUGGAGCAGCUCGCACCCUGCGACGCCGCUGGCAUCCUCGAUGGCAGCUCAGACCUGACAGGGCUGAUGCUGUGGCCCGCAGCCGAGGCUCUGGCGCACCUGAUCGCCACCGAACCGGACAAGUGGCGCGGCAAGACCGUGCUCGAGCUGGGCGCGGGCGUCGGGCUGGUGGGCCUCGUGGCUUCGCUCUUCUGUGGUCAAGUGCUGAUCACCGACGGCGAGGAGGAGGUCAUCUCCAUGAUCGAAGAGAACCUCCAAGCCAACAAGGACGCCCUCCCAGAGGCGAGUCGGGUGCGAUGCUGCUCGCUGGACUGGACCGAGGACUUGGACGCGUGGAAGGCCAAGCACGACUGCUCGUCGUUUGACGUCAUCGUGGGCUCCGACAUUAUUUACUCGUUUGAGGCACUGCCGGCGCUGUUUACGGUGGUGCAGGGCCUGCUGGCGCACACCGCCGACGCCCACUUCCUGGUGCUCUACAGCUCGCGAGGCAAGCGGCUCGACGACCGCCUGCCCGAGGUGGCCGCCGCCCACGGAUUCGACUGCAGCGUGGCCAUGCACCUCCCGCCCCACGCCACCACCGCACCACCAUCAGCCUCCGAUGACCAAAGCCCCGACGAGCCCAUGCGUCUGUGCACCUUCACCCGCAAGACCCGGGCCUGA